AUGGCCACCACGCCUGAAGCCUCUAACACGUCUGACUCCAUCACCAUCAACCCAAACAACCCGAUGCUUCUUAGCCUGAAUAUGUCCAAUAUCACAAAGCUAACUCCCACCACCUACAUAAUCUGGAAGCUGCAAGUUCAUGCUCUUGUCGAUGGAUAUGGUCUUGCUGACUAUCUCGAUGGAUCCACUGAGAUCCCGGCGGCUACGGUAACACUCGGUGAUGUUGUCUCCAAUCCUGCUCUACUACAUUGGCGAUGUCAAGACAAGCUGCUUUACAGUGCUCUUCUUGGCUCUGUCACUCCACCCGUCCACCCUAUGGAACAUGAUGAUCAGAUCGAGCAGAUUAUCGAUGGUCUCCCUGACGAGUAUCGUCCUAUUGUCGACCAAGUUGCCGCACGUGAUACUUCACCCACCUUUGCUUAUGUCCAUGAAUGUCUACUUAAUCACGAAGCUAAGCUUCUCUCCAAGGCUACGCCACUAGCUUUGCCUCUCACAGCCAAUGUUGCUACCAAUCACCCACGUCAACAAUCUCGUAACGGUCACUACAACAACUCCAACAAGAAGUCCUUUUCUAAUCACUCCUCCGGUUCCAACUACGGGGGUGUCUCUCGCAACCAUUUUCAUCAGCCACUGCCCGCACAUGAAUCUCGUGGUUAUAAAGGUCGUGGUGCUACUCACCACAUGACCUCUGAUUUGGCGAAUCUUUCUGUUCAUGAGCCUUACAUUGGUGGUGAGGAUGUUAUUGUCGCUAAUGGCUCUUCGUUAUCCAUUUCCCAUACUGGUUCUAAACUUCUUCCCUCUCGCUUACGUGAUCUUCGCCUAAACAAAAUUUUGUGUGUUCCUGACAUCCACAAGAACUUGAUCUCUGUUUACCGCUUAUGCAAUGCUAAUAGUGUCUCCGUCACGUUUUAUCCUGCCUUCUUUCAUGUGAAGGAUCUCAGUACGGGGGUUCUACUUCUUCAAGACCGAACCAAGGAUGAAUUGUAUGAGUGGCCGAUUUCGCCGCAUCAAGUGACUACCUUGUCUACCUCUACUAGUUCUAAAGCUUCUCUUCCGGUGUGGCACUCUCGUCUUGGACAUCCGUCUUCUUCUGUUUUAAACACUAUGCUUUCAACUUUUGCAAUUUCUGUUUUGGAAAGUGCUUAUCAUUGUCUUCAUGUUCCUACUGGUCGCAUCUACACCUCGAGACAUGUUCAAUUUGAUGAGACUUGGUUUCCGUUUGCGAAUGGUUCACUACCGUCGUUGGUUCCUGCUACUACUCCAUCGCCGCCUCACUUGUCGUCAGUAGUCACUCCGGUUCCAUUUGUGUCUUCCUUGUCUUCACCGUCUAGUAAAACCCCCGGCUCCGUCCUUCACCCGGCUCCUCCACAACCGUCAUCACACACAACUCCGCUGCCAUCCCAGGGAUAUCAUCAACGUCAUGGCAUCAACUACGCUGAUACCUUUAGUCCAGUUAUCAAGACAACCACCAUUCGAUUGGUUUUAGAUGUUGCUGUUGCUCAGUCAUGGCCGCUUAAACAACUGGAUGUGAACAAUGCUUUCUUGCAAGGUGAGUUAACUGAGGAGGUCUACAUGGAGCAACCUCAAGGUUUUGUUGAUCCCAAUCGACCAGACUAUGUGUGUCGUUUACGUAAGCCGAUCUAUGGUCUUAAACAGGCUCCCCUCGCUUGGUAUCUGUCCCUUCAGCAACAUCUUCUCCAAACCGGGUUUAGAAAUUCACUUGCCGAAACAUCUUUGUUUAUAAAGAAGAGUGGCUCGGUGUAUGUUUAUGUCUUGGUCUAUGUCGAUGAUAUUUUGGUCACUGGUAACAGCUCUGCACACAUUGCUCAAACUCUAGAUUCAUUCGCUGCUCGUUUCUCCAUCAAGGAUCCAACCGACCUGAGCUACUUCCUUGGUGUCGAAGCAACUCGUACCAAAAUCUGGUCUCCACUUAAUGCAACGUAA